GCUAGUCUCAAUGUUUUGUGUCGUCAAGCGUUUCUUGCGACAAAAAAGAGACUUCUCAGUUUUUAAGGAAGAUGGCCCGUUUCAAGACGGUCCAUCAUGCUUCCGAUGAACAAGUUCGCUUAAGUGAGGAAGAAAAUAGCAUCAACCACCCUCAGAAGGAAUCAUUAAGAUUUCAACUAGAUACAUCUCUGCUAGCUCCUCAUCUUGUGGAUCUCGUUUUGGAAAUUCAGCGAACAGCUGAGAGCACCCUCUUCCAUUGGAAAACAUUUCCUCUCAAUCUUCCUCAACCUAUAGCAGUUCAGGAAUUCAGUGAAGGUUCAGCUUCAACUAGAAGGAAACCUCUGGUUGUAGACAAUCUUUUUGACAUUCCAUCAUGGGAUGAUCUGGAUGUUGUAUCUGUUGAUGCACAUGGUGAAGCUAAACAUCUCAGCAAUAAGCAGUUAACUUCAGUGAGGCAGCAUGGUAUAACUGUGAAAAUUGGUACUUGGAGAACAUUAACAGCCGAUCAACUGCGUUCCAUAAGCAAAACAGGGUUGUUUACCGUCGCAAGUGUAAAUUUUCCCGGCCAACAUCAUACCUGGCGAGUGAAUCCACUUUUGCAAAAGGGCACAGAAGUAGCAAUGGAUUCACUACUCAACACGUUGGCCUGGGCAGCCGCAAUUAUUAAUUUGACAGCUAGCGAGAGGUUCACCGGUGAUGUUUUUAGCAUUCAAGAAUCAUUUCGCAGUCUCCGGAUGGGAUUCCAUCGCUUCUUGGAUUUGAUUUUCGGAAUGCCAAGUCUACAGCCUCGGGACUUUGAGGCGCGCCUGCACGAAGAAAGAAGCCGCUAUUUAGUGGCAGAGUUGUUAUGCGCGGUUCAUUGCCAAGAAGAAUAUAUUGCCUUGUGUCGAUUUAUUCGCCACUAUCUUGCCCAUCAUCAAGGGGCUGGCAGUAGCGAGCGGUCAUCAGAUAUUCGUCAACAAAAGCCUCCGCCUCUCCCUUAUAUCUUCCAAACCCCGAAAGGCUUGUUGAUUGAUCUGAGACUCUUUUCCAGAGAAAUCAUGGACAAAAGCAAACCAGUGAUAAAUAGGAUUUUGCAACAGGAGUCCAAAACUCGCUGGUCACGGCAACAAGUAACAGAAAUUAAGGCCGAUGGCAAACGCAACGAAGCCGGACAUAGUGGUCCUGAUGACGACUUUCGAGAUUUAAUUACCGAUGAGCCCUUCGGUCAUAUUUGGGAAUCAAUUCUUCAUCAUCCGGAUGUAGAACAACUAGGACCUGGCAUUGGGCAAUUGCUGAUUGAUCAGGCGAGGGCUACUAUCACUAUGAAAAAAGCUGUUGCCAAAGUGCGAGAGAAAUUUACCGCUGACUUAAUUCAAGCCGAACUGGACAUACGUCUACGUCACCCAAUGCUUUCUCUCGUCAAACCGUGGAUGGAAAAACAACUUCACAGCAUUAAAGUGAAAUUGGCAAAAGAAUAUCAAUGGAAAUGCCACGAAGAAGCCAUUGACGCAUGCCGCCUCAAGUCACUUGAUCAGUUUGUUUAUUUCCUUUCGCGGGAUCUCGCUUUUCUCAGAGAUCGAGCACCCAUCUUGAGCAAAGAGCUCUGGGCAGACAAGCAGGCAACGCGUACAUUUCAUUGGGACACUUGGAUAUGGAACCCACAUGCUUGGAUCGUUCGUCGUCAUUUCCAAGGCGGUGUUGAGGUGAUACCGACCCACUUGAGUGGAACGCCGACAUCUAUUACGAAUCCAAGAUGCAGCAGCAGUGGCAGUGACGGUCAAGAACAACCUGUUUAUACGUUGGAACGAAGCAGCAGAAGAACAACGACGACGCAAUGGCCGUUCUGGCGUUGGGCGAAUUUCUUACAACGAGCGUGGGUUUGGUCGUGCAAUGGCGCUUAUGCUUGCGGUUAUAUUGUUCCUUGGUGCAGUCCGAUCGGUUUGCGAGCUCUCGUGGCAAGUCAGCCUUUCUACGCUGAUCUUGAAUUGUCGCAAGUGAAUGGCACCCUCUGCCCACGUCGCUCUGCGUACACACCGACCCUUAACUCGCGUUUAGCUUCCCUUUGGCGUCACAUCUCGAAAUCAAGAACCGAGUUCGAAACGAAACCGGACACAGGUUUUAUGGGAAAAGGCCUAACUCGACAGCUGAAUAGAGUAUGGAAUUACGGCUUUAAAGGUCUUCUCUGCAGUCUCUUGUUUCUCCUGAUCUUCCCGGUUGUUUGUAUCCUGUGCAGCGCCGGUGGCAUUUGCCUGGCGCUGACGGCCCCUGUUUGGGCUCCCGUCUUCGCCCUUAUUUAUCAGGUCUGCAUCAUACUAGUGUGGGACGUGGAUAAUCCCGAUCCUAAACGUAGCCCUCUCCUUCCCCUGAUCCGCGUCUUUGUUCGCGACCUACUACUCGAUGGACUUUUGCAACCUAUUGCCUGCUUGGUCACUGCCCUCAUCGUUUGUCCGCUGAUUUCUCUUCUCUUGGCCGUCUAUGGGAUGCUGCAAUGGAUGAUCGUACGUUCUCGAGACGCACUUGUCUACAGCCUCGCCAUCCGACCAAGAGGUCGUAUCCCGGCGUCAGAAGGUUUCCUAGUUAAACGAAUUGCUGGACCUGGAUUAAAUACCGAAUUCCACUAUCAGAUAUCAAAAGAACAAGCUUUAGCAGCGUUUGAAGCUCGCCUCGAAUCGGAUCGUUUGAUUGCUUACCGCCGACAAACGGAACGUUUAAUUCGACGUCCAGCGGAAGAAUUCCGACUGUUCAUUCAACAAGUGUUUUCUCCUUUCUCAGGCACUGCCUGGUGCCCUACACCCGUCGCUGAAAAACCCAUCGAAAAGGCAGAUGCUACGUCAUCCAACCUUAAGUCAUCGAGUGUUGCCGUGCAAUUGGAGCGGGAGACACAAGCUUUGCUGGCGUCACUGGAAGAAAAAGUAGAGCGACGUCUGGAAGAACUGAGACUGUCGUUGAAUGCCAACGUCCUGAAAAAGAUAAGAAUGUCGUCGGCUGAUCUCAAGAUGGUACUUGUGCGAUCAGCUAUGAUGAUACGCACUUUUUACCCUUCUGAAAUCCUGGUCCGCCUAGGUGUCAACGAAUCUGAGUUAUGGGAACGUUAUAAUGUAGAAGAAGGAGACUGGCUGGCUUUAUCAGCCAUCUUUCUGAGUGAAAUAUUCAGCUCGGCAAUUCUAAAUCCGCUUGGCGACGAAGAAACCCGUAUUCAGCUUCAGGCAAAGGACGUCAAUUUAUGUCGUUAUGGAGUCAUGUUCACGCAAGCUGAUCUUGACAGCGAACCUUUUGAAUGGCCGCAACGGACGUUCCAACCAGCGGCCGCUUGCCUACCUGAUUUUUACCUUUUUACUCCGCUCGGUCGCGAUGCGGCCAAUAGUAGCCCACCAUGGAAGAAGAAAAGGAUGCAGAUGCACGGUCAUUCAAAACGCCUUUCCGAAGGGGUCGCCUCAUGGAUGGGAAAGUCGGUCAUUGUUUCAGAGCCCAGUCGAGCCGGAUGGAACUCUGAACUGUUGGUUCCCCUACCAGUGUCCCACCCGGUUCUUAUUUGCAUACUGAUAUAUAAUCGACAUCGAGACGUUGGAGCCAUUCCGCUAGAAUCGGAAUCGUGUCGCCUGCUCAUUCGCUACCUAGAGGGCUCAGUCACACUUUCACGAAAAAAAGAGAACACAAUUUCUCGUCCACCUAUGGUAUUGGACGCAGCAGCAAGCAGAAGCCCAGCCAGUCAUAAACCCUUGCUGGGAAGCUCGGGAUCGGAUCUAGCGUUGUCGCAACCUUCUUUAGCAGCUGAUUUCUCAAACACGCCCAGCACUAGUCCUUCACAGCACGAUACACUUGUUUCCAUCGCCCAGGACGGCACGCUUUCGUUAGUCGGGACACUCGUCUCGGAGCACGCUUCCGUCGAUAUCGACAUUGGAUUGGAUCCAGAAAACGUUUCGCAAAAUUUAUCAGCAUCCAGAGACGUGGACGCUGAUGAGGUACAAUCUAAAGGCCUAGGUUCAACUCUUGCUCGAGCUGCAGAUACGUUGCGAAUGGCUCUUUUAGGGGAGAAAGCCGAAGAGGCAUCGUCUGCGUCCGGCAGUCACGGAAAAUUCAGCGUUGAGAAUUUCGAAUUGUUGCCUAGUAGUGAUGAACAGCUUGCUGUUGCUGUCGCCAAUGACAAACGUCAAGAUAUGGUCGAAAAAAGCAAGAAGUUUCCAACUUAUCAACCGGCUUCUUUCCGUAGCUGGCGUAUGAAUCUUCCUGCGCCUAUACGAUAUGACUCUGAUCCGAGGCUGAGGACCGCGAUCGAUUCGAAUCAGGCUCCUCCGACAAGUCCUCGGCCGUUGGGUCUUUUCGAAUUAAGCAAAGGUUUAGCCCUAGAUCGUGGACCUGCCUUUAGUCCAGCACAAUUAUCAAUCGGUAGGAGGUUGAUGGAAAGAGGAGAAAUGACGGCAUCGGGCAGCCAAGACAGCCUACCUUUUGCGGAGGAAGAUGCAUCUCUUGUUGAUUCACCAGAUUGCGACCUUUCCAAAAAUGCUCCGUUACGAAAACAUCCGCCAGAUACUUUAAGGAACACUGGUCAGUCCUAUUGCGAAAUGCAGCAACCUCGACCGUCAGCCGUUUUGGCGUCGAUCGAAGAUUUGAGUCUCAGCAUUGAAAGUCAACAUACUCACCUAGAUAUUACUUCUCAACUUGGAACUCAAGUUUGAUAUUACUUUUCUUUACACGUUUUCAGUUUAAAUUUCUACACUUUUACAACCGUUGGGCCCGGAAGCGAUCAAAGCCCGAAGCCGUCUUAUGUUUCAAUUAUUGGUUUAAGAACUCGGCGUGUGGCUCGAUAAUCUGUCGCCUUUUCAAUUAGCCAAACUGCCGUGGUAAAAAAAGAAACAAAAAAAAAUUAAAUUGGAACAAAAACAAAAAACAAAAUAGAA